UUGAACCUGGGCCCUCCGCAGUUGAACCUCCAGAUAGCACACCACACUUCAGGGACUGUUUCUCCUGGCAGUUUCCAACCUCAUCAAUUCCAGUAUACUCGGGAUAAUAAUGUUCUAAGCCUAGAACAGAGAAAAUUUUAUGAAGAAAAUGGAUUUCUUGUCAUUAAAAAUUUGGUGUCUGAUGCUGAUAUUCAAUAUUUUAGGGAUGAGUUUGAAAGAAUCUGCAGAAUGGAGGUGAAACCACUGGGACUGAUGGUGAUGAGAGAUGUGACCAUUGCAAAAUCAGAGUAUGUGCCAAGUGAGAAAGUGAUUACCAAGGUCCAAGAUUUCCAAGAAGAUAAGGAACUCUUCAGAUACUGCACCCUCCCUGAGAUUCUGAAAUAUGUGGAGUGCUUCACUGGACCCAAUAUUAUGGCCAUGCAUACAAUGCUGAUAAACAAACCUCCAGAUUCUGGCAAGAAGACAUCCCGUCACCCCUUGCACCAGGAUCUGCACUAUUUCCCCUUCAGGCCCAGCAAUAGCAUCGUUUGUGCCUGGACAGCCAUGGAGCACAUUGACCGGAACAACGGCUGUCUGGUUGUGCUCCCAGGGACACACAAAGGCCCCUUGAAAACACACGAUUAUCCCCAGUGGGAGGGAGGGGUUAACAUCAUGUUCCACGGGAUCCAGGACUAUGACAAAAAUAAUGACCGGGUGCACGUCCUGAUGGAGAAAGGAGACACCGUUUUCUUUCAUCCUCUGCUCAUCCAUGGAUCUGGUCGGAACAAAAGUCAAGGAUUCCGGAAGGCAAUUUCCUGCCAUUUUGCGGGUGCCAACUGCCACUACAUCGAUGUGAAGGGUACCAGUCAAGAAAACGCUGGAGAGGAAAUUCUGGAGAUAGCCAGUAAAAUCCAUGGAAUGAAAGACGUCAGCCUGAAGGAUGUUUGGAGACUGCGAGCACGCGUCGUGAAAGGAGAAAGAAUCAACCUUUGAAAUAGCCCUUUGCUCGAACUCUUUUCAAGAAAACCAGGACGGAACAAGGUCUCGGAGGAAAACCUUUUCUCAAUGAGAUGAUGUAAUCUUUUCUAUCCACUUGUUAACAAAAUCAAAGUGCACAGAUCUGGUACUUAAUUGCAUACGGGUAAUUCUGCAGCACGGUGGCGUGGCUUUAAUGGACAUAAAAUCAGUAAAAGUGAAAUAUUACUGUUUUAGGGAAAACUUGGGGUUGCAACUAAUAGAGGUGAUGCAUAAUUGAAGUCUGUUCGAUCAGUUUCUUUCAUUCAGUUAGCUCUUUACCCAAGCAGGGAUUAAUGUUCUGAAACGCAAAGCCCACCACCUCCCAAUUUUGUGUUGUGAGAGAUUUCUUUUCAAAUCCGGAACAAUGAAUAUUAGAGGCACAGUUAGUGGAGGGCCUAAGAAGGGCAUCAGGGAGUAAAAAUGUGGGUGGAGACUCAUGUUCUGACACAGGAUUUCCUUCCAUGGCCUCUUCAGCCCAACCAACCUCCUUAAAGACUGGAUCUUUCCAAGUCUUCUUCUCUAAAGAGAGAAGACCAGGGUAACUUUCUCUGCCAAUUCAUAUUGGGCAGGGCAGCAUUUACGAAUGAAAUCUAACCUCUUUCAAGGUCUUGGAAUAUGGUUAGAUACUUUUUUUUUUAACAUCUUUAUUAGAGUAUAAUUGCUUUACAAUGGUGUGUUAGUUUCUGCUUUAUAACAAUAGCCAGGACAUGGAAGCAACCUAAAUGUCCAUCAUCAGAUGAAUGGAUAAAGAAGAUGUGGCACAUAUAUACAAUGGAAUAUUACUCGGCCAUAAAAAGAAACGAAAUUGAGAUAUUUGUAGUGAGGUGGAUGGACCUAGAGUCUGUCAUACAGAGUGAAGUAAGUCAGAAGGAGAAAAAUAAACACCGUAUGGUUAGAUACUUUUGAUUUGGAUUUCAAGUGGUGUGGACUGGGGGAAUUUAAUAGAGCACUGUAUUUCUACACCAGCUGAGGGCAGCAAGGAGACACAGUCCUUAUUCUUAACAAUUCUAGGUAAAGCUUUAAUAAGAAAGAAAGAGUCCCCUUUUUUGUCAUUCUGCUAUGCACAUGUUUUCCUAAACCUAGCUUCACCGUUUUUGUCAGUUUCUCUGUAAGAACACCCAGUUUAAGCUCAGGUCUCGCUAGAUACUGGGGAAGACAUGAGAAUCCCUGACAGGGUCUAAGGAUUAUGGAAUAAUGGGAAAUAAAAUGUACAGAGGGAAAGCCAGCGUAAACAGCAUGUAUGGGGCACUGUUCUGCAAUAAACUUUUCAAACUGAUUUUGAAUUUAAAAUAAAUGUGAAAAAAUAGACUUCAGCAGGAAAACCAGA